AUGUCUAAUGGAGAAACGGAAUGUGCAUUAAGAGCUUGUCGCUUACUACAAUCAAAUAGUGCAGAUUCUGCUGAAUUAAUCAGAUUAUACCUAGAUGAAGCUAUAAAACAAAAGUAUGGUUCUCACAAAACCCUUACUAAUGCCUUAAAGAAAGAAAUUUUAGAUGAAGAGCAAAAAGUUUGUGGCUUAAUUACGGCCUGUGAUACAGAUAUAAUAACAUCACAUGAUGAUUCAAUGGUCGAGGGACUUAAAAAUUUGCUGCAGGAUGAUCUCACUUGUAUAAUCUGCAGGGGGAUGGAUGUAACUGCAGGCAAUAGACUUGUGGAGUGUUCAGAAUGUCAUUCACUUUAUCAUCAAGAAUGUCACAGACCGCACAUUCCCGAAAAUGAUGUAAAUGAUCCUGAUAUUUGUUGGAGUUGUUCAGAGUGCAAAAUUGAAACUUCUACUUCUGUACAAAAAUCCUAUAAAGACAGAUCUAAGGAAUCAUCAAAAUCACCUGCUUCCAGUUCAGGAUAUACCAAAUUAUACAGUGGAAGCAGUUCUAAAUCAAAAAGUGAAUCUUCCACUAAAUCUUCUAGUAGUAGCCCUACAGUAUCUUCUUCAAAAAUAACACCACAUAUAAAAAUCCUAACGCCUGAUAAACAUGCUCAAAAUCUUAAAAGAAAGGCAUCAAAACAAGGUGAAUCAAAAAAAAAACAUUAAAUAUCAUUAAUGUUAAUUAUAUAUCAUUAAAAUAAAUCAUGUCAUACGUAAUUAAUGAUUUGUACAAGCAAACAGUUUUAUUGAUUUUGAAGAUUUUUCUUCUAUUUGUAAAGUAUAAAGAGUAAAUUCAAUAUUUUAUUUAAAAAUAACUUAAACAGCUUUA